AUGGGUGCGGUCAAUAGCGUGUGCAAACUAACGGUCGAUAGUAUCGCGCUAUUGGAGCAACUCGAGCCCAAUACGACCGAGAUCGCAGCCAAACGCGCCGUACAGCGUCACGUACAACAGUUACUAAAGCAACAUUGGCCCACAUGUCACGUGCUGCCCUUUGGAUCGUCCGAGAGCGGUCUCGGCUUUGGUGGAUGUGACGUCGACCUCGGUAUUUAUUUUGAGGACGUGAAUGUGGACGCUCAAGGCCAAUUCUCGCCUCAGGAGCGCGUGGAGUUGCUAACUACCGCGUGCGAGCGACUUUCGGGACCUUUUCAAGUGCAGGAGUUCAUUUGCAAUGCGCGCGUACCGGUAAUUAAACUCUGGGAUCCCAAGCGGCAGGUGGCGUGUGAUGUGUGUGUGGGCGAUGUGAACGCUCUGCUAAACACGGCGCUGCUCAAGUACUACGGUCAGGUGGAUCCUCGAAUACGUCCCUUAGUGUUUGCCGUCAAGUAUUGGGCCAAGCAACGAGGCAUCAAUGACUCGGCCAACGGCACGCUAAGCUCCUACGGAUAUACGUUGUUGUUGAUCUUCUACUUGCAGUCACAUUACGCAGAAAUGCAGCUGCCAGCGGUGCACUCUUGUUUUCACGACUUGCAGUCGCAGACGAAGGUCUCCGUACUACUGGAGCGCUUGCAGUCGUUCUCGAUGAUGGAUGUGCCGUCUACAUUUGGGACGUCGAAAAUAAACUCAGUUGGAGCACUACUUGCUGGAUUUUUCGAUUUCUAUGCGCAUCACUUCAGUAUGGAGAACGAGGUGGUUAGCGUCCGCAUGGGAAACGCGUUGUCAAAGACGACCAAGUGGAGCUACCCCGUGUUUUGGCGACUAAGUAUUGAAGACCCAUUUGAGUUAGCUCACGACGUGGGACGCGUUGUUUUUCACAGGAAGGGCCAGGAUCUUAUUCAAUCAGAAUUCAAGCGUGCAAGCGAUCUGUUGGAUCGAGACCAUCGUCUUGAGCACAUUUGCGUGCCUGACGAAACCUCGUGGAACCUCAGGGCAACGUGUUACAUUUGCUGCGGCAGAGACCACGCCACCCGGAACUGCGGUCAAUUGCGUUCGAAACUUGGCGAGGGGUGCAAUACGAUGUCACACUUCUCCGACUGCUGGUAUUGCGGCGAUUACGGCCACUACAAGGUAGAGUGCCCGAUGCUCUUUUUUCGCGACAUACCUCGUCCAGUCUGCGUGACAGAAACAACGUCUGAGUCAAGCUUGAUUCAAACUAUAAGAUUUGCCCCACCAGCUUCCCCGCCUAUCGCAAUCUCCGUGCCGCCUGUUUCGAAGACGGGAUCGCCUCGCGUCUGCAAGGAUCGUCCUUGGGAGCGGAAUCUGAGUCCAAGUAACUCGCCAAUGCUUCGCUUAUCUAGGAAGAAGAAACGUGCGUAUAACGGCUCCACGUCUUCAACUUCAUUUUCGUCGGGGAAUUGGUCGUCAAAUGGUCAGUCGCAGGCAGAGAAGCGUCAACAGCAGCAACGGUAUCAUCAGCAACGACAAGAGCAGCGCCGUCGGAAUUUUGCACUUCUUGCUCUGACACGGAAGUGUGGUGGCAGUAACACUCGCAGCGCCAUGUCACAGAUUAGCAAGGUGAUGUGUCCAUCCUAG